ACACGACUGCAUUUUUUAACAAUUACAACUAUUUUUCCCUCAUUACUGUAGAACCAGUAUUUGCCUAACUGUGGUAUAAAUAGUGGACAAUUCCAAGCACCGAACAUCAGUCCACUGCGACAUCAUAACAAAGCAACAGCAAUUCAAUGGCUUUCUGCAAGAUCAUCCUCCUGGCCGCCGUCGCCGUCGUGGCUCAGGCCCAAUAUUUCGCCCCCGGAUAUGGAUACGCCCCGGCCGUGGCCAAAGUUGCUGCCCCACUUGCCUAUGCCGCCCCCGUGGCUAAGGUCAUCCCCAACGAAUUCGACGCCAACCCUCACUACAGCUACUCCUACGCCGUGGCCGACGCCCUGACCGGCGACAACAAGGAACAGCACGAGAGCCGCGACGGUGACGUCGUCUCUGGAUCUUACUCUCUGGUGGAGCCCGACGGCAGCCGCCGCAUCGUCGACUACACCGCCGACCCCGUCAACGGAUUCAACGCCGUCGUCCACAAGGAACCCGCCGUUGUUCACGCCCCCGCCCCCGCUUAUGGCUACGCCGCCCCCGCCCCCGCCUACGCCAAGGCCUACCUGGGUUAAGAAAGCACCCUUUCAGAGGAAGAGAGCAAGAGAAGAGGCUUCUUAGUUUAUUUGUAGAGUAGAAAUUGUAGUUACCCACCAUCAACACAUCAUCAUUACACACAACUUAUCGCACUGUUAGCCAAAUUACUGAUCAAAUUGCCAAUGUGAGGAGAUACGAAAAUAAAUUUACAACAACCGUACGACCCAAAAUGGAAUUGUUUCUUUGCC